AUGCCAAGUGUUACACCAAAUCCGUCCGACAGAGACUCGGAGCCAUUUGUCGAAACUGAUCCGACUGGAAGAUAUGGAAGAUACGCUGAACUCCUAGGAUCAGGUGCUGUGAAAAAGGUAUUCAGAGCAUUUGAUCAAGAAGAAGGAAUAGAAGUAGCUUGGAAUCAAGUUAAGCUCAGAAACUUCAGUAAUGACCCUGCAAUGGUGGAUAGGCUUUACUCUGAAGUGAGGUUGCUUAGAAGCAUGACAAACAAGAACAUCAUUGCCCUUUAUAGUGUCUGGAGAGAUGAGAAACAUAACACACUGAAUUUCAUUACUGAGGUUUGCACAAGUGGGAAUUUGAGGGAGUAUAGGAAGAAGCAUAAACAUGUUUCUGUUAGGGCUUUGAAAAAGUGGUCUAGGCAGAUUUUGGAAGGGUUGAACUAUUUGCAUGUUCAUGAUCCUUGUAUCAUUCAUAGAGACCUCAAUUGCAGCAAUGUUUUUGUCAAUGGAAAUACUGGCCAGGUUAAGAUUGGAGACUUAGGAUUGGCAGCAAUUGUGGGAAAGACCCAUUCAGCACAUUCAGUAUUGGGGACACCAGAGUUUAUGGCACCAGAAUUAUAUGAAGAGAAUUACACAGAAAUGGUAGACAUAUACUCAUUUGGAAUGUGUGUAUUAGAGAUGGUGACACUAGAGAUUCCAUAUAGUGAAUGUGACAAUGUUGCAAAGAUAUACAAAAAGGUUUCUUCAGGUGUGAGACCUCAAUCCUUAAACAAGAUUAAAGAUGCAGAGGUUAAGGCUUUCAUUGAAAACUGUCUUGCUAAACCAAGGGCUAGACCUUCUGCUCAAGAAUUGCUCAAGGAUCCUUUCUUUGAUGUUUUAGAUGAUGACGAAAUUGAUAAUGAUGAUUAUAACUCAGUUAUUUUGUGA